AUGGUUGGCAUCCUCACCUACAACAUUCACUCAGGACUGGGCGGCGAUGGUGCUUACGAUCUGGAGAGGAUCGCCGGGGUCGUGCGCAGAUCUGGAGCCGACGUCGCGUGCUUGCAGGAGGUUGAGGUCAACACUCAGAGAUUGCGAGUGCGAAAAUGGUCGGCCCUGCAUGCUGACGACCAGCCGCAACAAGUCGCCAGCAUGUCGGGCCUACGUCACACAGCCUUCGCGGCCACUCUGAGCGCGACGUUCCUGAAGGACUCGUUUCGUGAAGGCGAAGUUCUACAGCACUCCACACAGGGGCAGUAUGGAUUGUGCAUCUUGAGCAGGUUCCCCAUCCUUCAGUCGAGACGUCUUCUGUUCGACCGCCCGGAGGGGCCUGCUGGUCAGCACGACCUCAUCAUGGAUAAGGUGGAGCAGCCGCGGGGCGCACUUGCGGUGCUCUUGGACAUGCAGGAAGAAGAUGCACGGCCGAUGUGGGUGGUCAACACGCAUCUUUCUCACAAGAUUGCAUCGAGUGAGCAGCGGCGGCAGGCUUCGGAGGUAAUGCGUUGGAUCGAGGAAUUGCGAUCGGAAGAGCUUCCCCACAACGACAGGUCAACCUUUCUGCUUGCAGCCGAUCUGAAUUCUCCAGCCUUCUUGCCCUGGACAGCUUAUUCGGUGAUAGCAGCCGAUGUGAGAUGGAAAGAUUUGUGGCAGGAGGCUGGCGGUCCCUGUUGCUGUUCGGCGACUUUCCCUGCUGGUUGGUGCGGCGGCUUUUUCGGAACAAGGAUUGAUCACGUCUUUGGAUUACAGCUCGACAAUGGGGCAAUCCCGAUGUGCGAAGCUGUUCGAGUGGUGCGAGACACGCCUGCAGAUGAACUUGCCUCUGACCACUGCGCCGUGCUUGUGAAGAUGGACUUUGUUGAGGAUCCGUUCAGACAUGAGAAGGAGGAGGUUUCAGUCCACCAGCCCCUGGCUGGUUGA